GUAUAUUACGUGGAUAUGGUGCGAAUGUGUGAACAGUUUUGUCCAGUAAAUUCUGUGCGACAGGAAGUGCCGACAGAAUAUUUCGAGUGUCGAGAAAACAGAAUCAACUGCAACAACUACAACCGCAAUCAUAACUGCAUUAGACAAGUACAGAAAAGUCUUUUGACACUUUGUCUAUUUGCAACGACCAUGGCAUCGCCAACUGGAUCAACUGGGGCCCUUCAAGCUGUCUCUCAGGGAGCCCAAUUGUUCUCCACCAACUUCGUCAAGACUGUUGCAAAAGAACAGCAAGGCAAUCUGAUAUCUUCUCCGUUGAGUGCCGACAUUGCUUUAAGCAUGGCUGCUACCGGCGCCGCUGGAUCUACCGAGACACAAUUUAGGGAUGUUCUUAAUCUUCCGUCGAAACCACAGACCCUGACCGGCUAUCAGAAUCUCAUUGAUACUUUGAACAAUGUUGAAAAUGUUACUCUGAAGCUCGCUAAUAAGAUGUUUAUCGGCAAAGAUUUCCCAGUGAAACCGCAAUACAAACAAGAUCUCCAAACGUACUAUCGUUCUGACAUUGAAUCGGUGGAUUUCAGUCAAAGCGCAAAGGCUGCGGAUACCAUUAAUACAUGGAGCAGGGAAAAGACCAACAAUCGCAUCGAUAACAUCGUUCAAGCCAGCGAUUUAGAUCCCUCUCUCGCAUUAGUACUCGCGAACGCUGUCUACUUCAAGGGCAAUUGGGCUCAUCAGUUCGAUUCAGCAGCCACCACCGAUCGCCCGUUCCAUGUUAACGCCAAUACCGUAAAACAGGUUCCCACUAUGUACAGGAAGGGCAAUUAUAAAUAUGUCGAGCUGCCGGAAUACGAAGUUAAAUGCAUCGAGCUACCGUACGCGAAUAAAGAGGUCAGCAUGGUAAUUAUUCUACCCGAUAAGGUCGAUGGUUUGCCCGCGUUGAUCGAAAAACUCCAGGAUGUUUCUACUGAAUGUAGUGUCCGUCUUGCCCAAACAUAUGAGCGCGAAGUCCGAGUGUAUCUGCCCAAAUUCAAGACCGAAUCCAAGCUGGAUCUUGGAGAUACAUUAUCUCAAAAGAUGGGUCUUUCUGAGCCGUUCAGCAAUGCCGCUAACUUCAAUGGCAUUUCGGACGUACGCCUGAAGAUCGACAAAGUUGUGCAAAAGGCUUUCAUUGAAGUUAACGAAGAGGGCAGCGAAGCAGCCGCCGUCACUGGAGUGCAGAUUGAACUACGCUGUCUGGUGAUAACGACCACCGUGAAAAUCGAUCGUCCCUUCCUUUAUAGUAUUGUCAGGGUUCAUCAAGAGACCGGGAACAGCAAUUUUAUGCCGCUAUUCAUCGGGACAGUUACCGAACCGACUUAUUAGCGAUCACAAAUAAUUUCGUGCGCGUGCAUAUAUUGAAUUUUUAAAUUGCUUGCAUCUCUGCAAAUGACACUUUACGUCAUUUACAAAUAAUUUUGAAAAUUCUUGCUGAAGGUAAUUAAUUAUAGUAUGUGUUUCUUUUUUCGAUUGCUGACAUAUUUGUCCAUCAUAAUUACUUUAACACUUUUCGAUUUCUUAUUAUUACCAUCGAUAUAAAAAUUCUCGUAUUUUCUUAUUCGCUACAUUUUUUAAUGUAGAUAUACAUAUAUAGAUGUUUUACGUAUACGGAGAUAUAUAUAUAUAUAUAUAUAUAUAUAUAUAUAUAUAUGAAAUCUAAUUAAUCGUUAGAGCAAUGCUAUUAAUAUUUAAAUUUGAAAUAGAGGCUUUUUUAUUUAUAAUAAUACUCUUGAACCAAAGGAACAAAGAGAAGAAUAUUUAAUUUCUAUUAUUACGCGUUUACCAUUUGUACAAGUUAGUAUUUUUGUCAAAUCUAGUCUGCGCUUUAUUGCAAUAUAUUAUUAGUAUAUUCAUAGAAAAUAUAUAUUAGUAAAACUUGCCGCGAUUAUAUGUUGGAAGGUAUUGAUAUAUAGAAAUAAUAUAAAGCGAUUCAUUUGCAAUAUAUUCUUGAUUGUUAAAAAAAUCACAAAUAAAAAUGUUUUAACCUAAAUAAAUAAAAUAACUCGCUCUUUUUCUCGUGUUAUCGUACCAGUAUAUUAUUAGUCAAGGUGGAUAUUAUCUAGUAUGAAAUUUAAUUUAAACUUAAACCUUUAGAAACGAUCAGUAAAAAGAAGCAUAAUAACUGAACUUUCCGUUUUACCACAAGGAAUGCGAAUCGAUCAUCCAUUCCUUUAUAAUAUCAUAGUGAUCAAAAUAAACGCCAAAAUUAAUAGGGGUUUAUAAUAAAAUCAAAUUAUUUUGAGCAUAUCAUUUUUUAUAUUUAUUUAACUUUUGUUGUACUCAUUUGACAACUUUCUUAAAAAAAUGUCUUUUCAACGAGCCAUUGCAGUUCCGUAUUAUUUGAUUUCAAAAAUCGAUAUUCAAAGUUUCCUCAAAGAAUAAUAAUCUCGAUAUCGACAUAAUAUUGUAAUAAAAAACCUGAGAAUGCGUUAAA